CUUGUUGAUUUUUGCCAGUCUGGUGGAUGUGGAAUACUGUCAUGUGCUUUCAAUUGCAUAUUCCCGUUUCAUGCCAAAAAUCCAAAAUUUCUUAUCUUUUCAGUGUUAGACUUAGCCAUAUAACUCUACUAGUGACUUUUAUGUUGAGCCCCACGAUUGUGUGGCUUUAUUCAUUUGUUCCAUGUACUAGACCUACAAGGUUUCCCAAUUCAAUAACUGAAACUUACUCUGGUGCUCUUGUCAGUGGACCCUCAGGUGUUCAGUGUUGUCACCAUAAAGGUUGUUAAGUCAGGAUCCCUGCAUCCCUUCUGUUGUUCACUUCGAAUGAGGAGCUGAAUUGGUAGGCCACACCCAUCCAUUGUUACCUAACCUCAAAAAGUACAUCAGUAUAUUUACUGACUUUCUCACCUCAUCUGGGGCUCCCAUCAGAAUAGGAGCCCUGUAUUGCAGCAAUGUCAGAAACUCUUCAGUUACCUUUUAAACUUGCCAUUUUAAAAUCUGAGUAUCACAGCUACCGUUGAUAGUCUGUAAGGAAGAUGCUUCGGCCAAACCACAACUAAGGCUUUCACUCCUCUGCUUUUCAGGCCAAAUCUUUAUAUAGUCUUAGCACUCACACCUUUCCCUGUGUUUCUUAGUGCUCUCACAGGAUCAAGCCUCAGAACUCACAAAACACUGCAGAAAAACAAGGUAUGUGAAGCAUUUCCAGACCCUCCAACCAACUCAACAUCAGCUACUUCUCUGUGUCCUGAUUAAGGUCCUCCCAAGAAAGACUUCAUUGGAUCCACGCUCAAGAGGACUCUACCAGGUUUUCCUGACCCCCCUCCAUCACUGUAAAGUGCCAAGGCGUUAAGACUUGGGUACCUGUGUUACAACAACAAGUGCCAGCGCCCACAAAAGACCCAUUGGACCUGUCAGCUCCUCUGUUUCACCAAGCAGACGUAAUAAUUUACCAGCAAAGCAGAGUAAGCCAAGUGCCUCUGCAUGAUACCACCAGCUGAUAACACACAAGGAGAAAUAACUAAUUUAGACUAGAGCCCCAUCUUUUCUUGAGAAGCUGGGAUUUCAAGGAACUAUUCUGAGAUCUGUGCUGCUAAUAAGCGACUGACAACAUUAUAGACGAAAUCGGUCCCUGGGUUCAGAGACUGAGUUGCAAUUGAGUGAAAAACAGACAACGAAAUCUUGAAGAAUUGCACGGAGGUGCAAGCCAAAUUUAACUCUGGUUGCCAAGUAUUUUCAGACUGAGAAAUUGCUAAACCAGACCUGUAAUAGGACUGGUUAUUUGGGUAUCUGUUGUCAUUGUUGCCUCUUACUGUUACAUUGCUUUCUGUGUUGUUUUUCUAGGCCCAGAUGUUCUCAGAUAAUUCACAUUGCCCUGACUGUGGACAACAAUGGUUCCCUAGUUUAGAACUAGGCCAUUGGUUGUACCAGACUGAACUUGUUGAAAAUGAAUGUUACCAAGUAUUCUUAGACCGUAUUAACAGAGCUGAUUAUUGCCCUGAGUGUUACCCUGAUAACCCUGCUAAUAGAAGUCUUGUUCUUCCUUGGUCUUUCCCACUUGAGUGGGCUCCCCAAAAUCUUACCAGAUGGACCUUUGAAAAAGCUUGCCAUCCAUUUCUUCUGGGUCCUCCACUGGUUAGAAAAAGGAUCCAUGACUCUAGAGUAGCUGGUUUUAACCCUGCAUUGCAGUUAAUCUUGACCAGAACAGAUAAAACCUUGAACAAAAAACUUGGCCAAAACAAAUAACUUCUUAAACAUUCAAAAUCAUGGAGACUCUAGAGUUUUGUACUCGUAGCCCAAGGAAGAUGGAAAAAAGACUCCUUUCUAAAUAUGAUAUAGACCGUCACUACCUUGGGGACCUGCUUAUUAAAUUGUUGGAUCUGCUCCCAUGGUCUACACAUACUUUGUUCAGCAUGAAUUUAGUCAGUAUUCCAGCCAGACCGUUCAUCUAGAACCAGUCUAAUCCAUGUUCCCUAUGUUUUGGAAUUCGCUUACCCCUCCUAGAAAGCUCCACAGCCUUAUUGUGGACAUAUGACAGGGUAGUCCUGGAGGAGAGGCCCUAUACUGUAUGUACCAUAAUGAUACUUCUCGUGAUAACUUUUGUGGGAAAGCAUCCCUAAUAGCUGGAUUGUAGAUUAUUCCAGUAAAACAGCUAGAUAUUUUAAUAAGAAACUACAUUGUUCUAAAUUCCAUCUCUUAUACAUUAACCCGUGGUAACACUUACAUAGGUUAUACAAAAACGUGCAGAAAUACCAUUAUCUAUAUUCACUUGGCUCUGCAUAAGCAAAGACUAUCCUGUCUUUGUGGUGACUGAACUUAGAAUGUUUUCCCCUGGAAAUGGAAAAGUACUUAUACUAUGAUAUGAAAUAGAUGAUGAAAGGCGGUAUCAAGCUUGACUCCAUAGAUACUGUGAACAGUCUAGGGGAAGCAUCUCUCUCAGAACUAAGAAUGUUUUGCUGGACAUUGACCACAUUCUGGUCUUCACUUGUUUAUGAGAAUCAUGGAACCACAGUAUAGGAGAAACGUAGAAAAACCUGUUGAAAACAUCUCAGAGGCCACUGAACAAUUGUAAAAUCCCUCUUGAGAUACUAGAUAAUUCAGUGCUUGUGUAGCGGCUCAACAAUGUUCGUAAGGUCCCAGGCUCUUUCUGUUCUUCCCCCCUGGGAUCCUUAUGGAAGCUUUUUGUCCUUAUAGUUGUUUCCCCAGUGAGUACAGUGUGGCUGUUGCUGUUACAGACAUUUCAUUCCCAAUCAAAGGCCGGAAGUAGGAUACAGAAUGCUUUUUCCUUUCAAGUCUUUUUUAUUUGGGGAAAAAAAUAUUUCUUCAAAGUCCCUUGCAGAUUUUCAUCUUAAAUCUCGUUAGAAGGUACUGGUUCACAAGAGAGCCUGAGAGGCCUGGCAAAGGGGAAUGGGGUGAGCAAUGCCUGGGUAAGAUAUAUUGUGUCCCCUAAUAAAAUCAGGGCUCUUUUAGGAAGGGAUAAGCGAGGAAUGGCUAUUGGUAUGCGACAAAUGCCUACCACAUGUUGUGCAACCUGAAGUUGUUAUUCUGUAUAAAGGAUGUACCCUGGAGAUCUACCCUGUAUCUGCCUUAUGUCUAUCAAAAUGGAACUUCUCUCUUGUUACAUUGCUGAAUAAAGUGUGUGGACUGCUA